CUGUGGAACUAGGAUCAGAGAGAAAAACAUUUUUUUUUUUAUUCCUGAUAAGAAGAUUGUUGGGAAGCUCUUUCUUGAAAAUCUCAUAACUGUGACACAGAUGGAUUUUAAAAAGUGUUAGAUCUUUCCAAUGAACACUAAUAGAGUACUCUGCUCUUGGCUGGAUUUUUCAGAAUUUUAAAAAUGCAUUUAUGAUCUUCUGGAAAGGGUUUUCCCUCAGUUCCACUUCCUGGCAUGACCUCUGCUGGAUCGUUAUUUCUCACCAGCCAAAUAGCAAAGGAACAUGACGUCUGAGACCUCCCUCUCUUCAUCGGUGGGGCUGACUGAGCAGGAGGUUUGAAACCAGGGGUGACCUUUUGUGUCUCACGUUCUCUUUAGAGAAUGGCAAUGGUCUCUGCAAUGUCCUGGGUCCUGUACCUGUGGAUAAGUGCUUGUGCAAUGCUGCUCUGUCACGGGUCGCUUCAGAAUACCUUCCAACAGCACCACCUGCACAGACCAGAAGGAGGGACAUGUGAAGUGAUAGCAGCACACAGAUGUUGUAACAAGAAUCGCAUAGAGGAGCGGUCACAAACAGUGAAAUGCUCCUGUCUACCUGGGAAAGUUGCUGGAACCACCAGAAACCGGCCUUCCUGUGUUGAUGCCUCCAUAGUGAUUGGGAAAUGGUGGUGUGAGAUGGAACCCUGCCUAGAGGGAGAAGAAUGCAAGACACUUCCUGAUAAUUCCGGGUGGAUGUGUGCUACAGGCAACAAAAUUAAGACCACAAGAAUCCACCCAAGAACCUAACAGAAGCAUUUGUUAUAUAGUAAAGAAAAGCCAACCAGUGGCAAGUACAUUUCGAGAAUUUGCAACGUCUUAUACACUGACAAGCCAAAUGGAUUACUUAUUUGCACUUUGACUGGUUACCAGAUAAUCAGUGCAAUGACUGUAUGUCACAAAACAACCCCAUAGCAGGAAGACUCAAGAGUUUUUGGCGACACCAUGGGAAGUGGAGUUAAGAAAGCAUUUUCUCAGUGAAGCUGUGGGAUCAUGAAGAAUGAUCAGCUAUCUUCUAAUUUGGAUCUACAGUUCCUUUGUACCAUUUGAAAUAUAUGUACAUAUAAUAUUUUGAAAUAUUAUAUAUUCUCUUCAAGAAAUGAACAAUACCACAAUGUGAGAAGGCUGGUGUAGCCCUUUUAGUUCUGGACGUUUUGUCAGUUUUGUUCUGUUUGUUGUUUCUUUUUCUGCUGGUGAGGAAGAUACUUGCCCUUGGGAGAAUUCAACACGGUGCGAACACUGGAAGGCCAGCAGCAGGAGGACUCCUGUUAUAUGAGGCAUCAAGACACUUACUCAGAACUUCCUUUAGUUUCUACCAAGUGGCCCAAGGAAGCACAUCAUCCUCUUUUCUUGUUUUCUACCAUGUGCAAUAUUAGCAUGCAAGCUUGGCUUACAUACCCAUACUUUAUAUUCAAUUGAUAUAUAAUAACUGUUCUAACCUCUUCCAGGAAAAUAUUUUUAGAACUACUAGCUUUUCCACAGAUAAGAAAAUGAGGAUUCUUGAGGGAACUGCUCCACCAUGCUAUUAAGACUCUGGCAGAGUUAUGGUAGGAUAUAGAUCCCUAUAUUAACAAGUCCUGUAAAUACAGUGUCCUAGGGCUUUGUAUAGCUGUCCUAGACCGCAGAAAUAUCCUCUGAUUAAAUCCAAAGUCUGGCAUUGUUAAAAACAUAGUGCUGUAGCAACAAGUCUUAUCAUGGCACCUCUUUCUAUGUUUGAUUUGCUUUUUCCUAGAGUAUUCAGAUCUCUUCUGGUGAGAUAGGAAGGCUAUGAAAGCAAUUAGGUCUCAGAAUGAUCAAUGUGACCAAAUGUUGGACAGCCCCAUUAAAGUGGUAAAUAACUUCUUUCUAAACCUACUUGUCCUGUUUA